UUGAUUCAAUCAGCUGUACCAACAAUCGAUAUAUGGAGACUGACAACGGUCGAAAAUGAACAAAAUAACAGCAGCACCACUCCUUCAACUUCUAACAUUUGUCAAAAGGAUACGUUAAAUGUUUCGGAAAGAGCUACGAUUGCGUCGCCUGUCUCUUCGAAUGAGUCAACGCCGGGAAAACAAAAAUUAAAAGUAAUGAUACAAGAUAAAGAAUAUGUUAUCACAAAACAACGAAAGCAAAUCAAGAAAAUACAAACACAAAAUCGAAGACUCAAGAAGAAAAUCAAACAGCUUGAAGACGCGCUAAGGGAACUACAAGAAAAGUAUUUGAAACAAACUGAAGAAGUAUCUACCCUCAAAAAUACUUUACAGAAGACUGGCUGA